AUGAUGGAUGCUUUCCUCAAAAAGGCGAAACCUAAUGCUCGCUCUACCCCGCAACUUAAGGAGAGACCAACCCAGUUAGCUGAAGAGCACCCGAAGAAGAAAGUCAAGCGAGAGGAGACCAAUGAUAGCGAUGCCGAUUCGGACGACUAUCAAAUCGAUGCUCCGCCUUUGAAGGCCUGGCCCCAUUUACUGAAAGAAAGGGAUGGUCUCGAUAGUCCUGCAGAUGAUGACGUAGUAGAGAGGUCCGAAAGGUCUGAACCAGAAGACGCACACACAUCUAGAUCAACCGCGAUUGAGAGCUCCUUGCCUGAGACAAAACUUGAUAAGAAGGCCAUCGAGGAUUAUCAGAAUUUUAAGUCUUCCCAGGAAAACGAUGCCUCCAAUGCAUCGACCAGACUCGGCUCUAGAGCAUGGGAAAGGGGUAAGAGCUCCAUCUACGUCGACGCUUUCAACCUCGCCCUAGACACUGUUCUCGACGAAGAGGCGCAUUUAUUUGACCCAAAAGAGAAACGGGUUUUUGAUGAGUGGAGGUCCCUUGAUUACGAAGCUCAGUUCUUAUAUGUGCGCUUGUUCCUUAGGAAAACGUCCUCCUGGCAUCGCAUAGCUCGUCUAAGAUAUUAUAAUGAUAUCACUGACACUGAAGCUGCUGUGAAAUCGUUACAGAAGACCAGAGACCUAACAAGCAAAACCUCGCCUGUGCAGAAAUCCCCUAUACUAGAACUAAACAAUUUUAUUCAGGAGCAAUUUAGCUUUGAAGAUGAAUUCACUUUUGCGGACACUUCAGAGGACUUCAUUGAUAGCGUGGAGGAGGCCGUUUCGCUUCUAACUUUGGACGAAGUGAAAACCUUAGCGAAGGAAGCCAAAGUCCAGGGUAAAAACAAAUCCGACUUGGCCAAAGCUAUCUGCAGAAUGAGCAAUCAACAAGCGGGCCUAUUGUCAAUGGGCCUUCGAAGGUCUGACACUGCUGAGUCGGUUGAGUCAUCCGGACGGGAAACGCCUACAUCCAACAAACGAUCGCCCGUGUCAGGCUCAGGGGAUGAUGGAAACAGGCGAAAGCACUUCCUCGAUAAGGUAUUAGCCAUAACAGGUCCCUGUGUAAGACUUUCUCUACCUGUUUUCAAACUUUUUGAGAGAGUUCAUCUUGUCUUCUACAGAUCUACAGAGUGGACUGAGAAGUCUUUGACGACAAUCAUCCUAGCCAAGAUUUCGAGACGCAAUUUUCCAUCCUAUAUUGUUAGCAGAUCUUCCAAUAUAUUCACAUCUCGACCGCAGCUUCUAGAAUUUGAAACUGCCAUGAAAUCUGAAUAUGCGGUUGAUAACAUUCUAGAAUUUAACGGUCCCAUCACAGAUAAAGGCUUUCAAAAAGUAAUUGACGUCUUCGAAACGAUAUACUCUAGAUGGAUACGCCUUUUGCAGGAAGAGCAGGAGAAGGAAGAACGAAUCUACGAGUCUGGUGAAGGUGCCUACCUGCGACGACUGAGUCCUGGGCAUGCCUAUACGCGCAUCGUUCAUAAAGCUGCCUACGUUUUUGGACGUCUGAAAGAGCAUCAGAGAGAGCAUGAGAUAUUAAGCGAGCUACUCAACCAGCACCUUUUCCAUCUAGCACGUCGAGGGUCGUGGUACCAACGAAAAGCUCUAUUAGAGGAGCACUACAUGCAUGCCUUGCUACCAAAUCCUGCCUACACUGAUCCAGAAAGGCAGAAAAACCACUGGAAAUCUAUAGCGGCGGCCACCUGUGAAAAAGCUCUCGAAGAUCCUGACUGCCAUCUUAAGUAUCAUUACGACCUGCAGAAGCGGCUGGUCAAGCUUGAGAAGCAGCUCAAGAUACCCGUCAGGCUACAGCAUGGCUUCGGUCACGUUCAGUUGAAACGGCCGGAACAACAUCAUGCUGAAGGUAUCCAAUUGAAGAAACUAGAUUCUAUAGGGAAAAAUGGGCGCGGGCCUAGUACGAAAACGAUCUGGAUUGAUGAAGUUGAAGGUGGGGGUGAGUGUAGUGUCGAAGCCAUGUGUCUCAGCUGGUAUAGAGGUCAAGGUUGGAAAGGAUAUCACUCUGAGGGGGGCAUCAUACGAACUCUAUUCGCCUAUCUAUUUUUUGACAUUCUCUUCCUCUACAUCCCGAACGUCUUCCAAACAGCCUAUCAGACGUGUCCACUGGAUUUGCACACAGAUGCCUUCUACCCAACCCGGGCCUCGGAAAUAAAUCAUCGAUUAGUUGAAAUAGCAAAUGGAAGGGCACCGCAACUAAUUGAGGAGGUCGAUAAGCAGGAGCGGGAAAAGCGCACUUGCGUCGUUGGUCUUAAUUGGGACUACGAGCUAGAGGAUUUACGCGAGCUUGCCGACUGUUUCGAUGGUGAGGCACUCGCUACAGUUUGCAAGGUGAUGGCUCAAGACUAUGGCCAGAGAGGAGGCGGUAUUCCCGACCUGAUCCUAUGGCGGGCUAAACCGCAGAAGGAAUGCAUGUUUGCUGAGGUCAAGAGUGCAAACGACCGCUUGAGUGAUACCCAAAGGCUUUGGAUUCAUGUUCUUACUGGGGCUGGCCUCAGGGUAGCACUAUGCAAUGCAGUUGCGAAGGAAGUGAGAGAGAUCUAGUGGGAGUCCACUGGUAUCACCUUACAUCUCUCCAUCCGUUUAACCACGCGCAUCAGUCUCAGCCCCCCGAUUCUGAUUCUAGAGCUUGGCAGCUACCGGUAUCAUGUUUGGCACGACCAAACUCUUGUAGUGAAGGUAUCAGUCACUUGUCUGCCUGUCGAGUAUUAUUUCGCCUUUUAGUGGGAA